GUUAUAUGACUACGCGGACAAUAAAACCAACAACAGGUUGUUGGCUGUGGACAGAGGAUCAGGGGAGUCUCUGGAGCACGUCAGCUGGGUGACAGAGCGGCGGGAGUUUCAAACAGCGUUGUUGACAUCGGAAAACCGUAUAGGAGUCUUUGAGUUGGCAAUUUGAAUACAAAGACCUGUGGACAUAAGACUGACUGGAAUAUGAAGUGAGAGUUGGUGGUGAGUCGAUUGGGGGGUGGUGUGGGGAGCAUCGGCCGACGGCCUGUAUAGGUCCGGUAGCAGUGUUGCCCCACUGCUUCUUCGUCGGCUACAUCCUAUCAACUUUAACAAAAUGGCGGGGAGGAGUGUGGAUGGUAUGGAAUAUAGUGAGCAAGAAGAGAAUGGUAGUGAUGAGAGGAGAGAAAGUGAUUGGGAGGAAGUAGGGAGGGAGAAAGGAGUUAAGAAAGGGACAAGUCGUAAGAGAAAGAAAAAAAAUGGGGCUAGCUCAACUGGUACGAAAAGUGAAGGAAGAGAUGAUGAAGGAGAGGGUCUUAAAGCAAGACUGUUUAAUGUAGUGGAACGAUUUGAAGGAGAGGGGGGAGUUAAGAGAAUGGAUCCACUUAAGUUAACAAAAAUAAUAAGAGGGCAACUAGGAGAAAUGAAAUAUGCAAGAAUAUUGGGAGAUGGAAAUCUACUUACAGGAUGUAAUAACGAGGGGCAGAUAAAUGAGGUGCAUUGGAAAAAUUAAAGUAGACAAAGUAAUAAGAGUGGGAGAGAGAAGAACGGGUGGUAGUAAGGGGGUGAUAUAUGGAAUUCCGCUUACUGUGAAUAUGACUAGUGGAGAACAUGAGGGUACGAAACAGUUCAGUUAAAAGUGUCGUAAGAAUGACAAGGGGAAUUGAAAAAAAUAGAAACAGAAUCUGUUUUGGUUGAGUUUGAGUCAAAGGAUGUGCCAAAAGAGGUAUAUUAUGGAUUCAUGAGAUAUAGCAUAAGGGAAUACAUUCCUAAGCCAAUGAGAUGUUAUAAAUGCCAAGAAUUUGGACAUGUGGCUAAGGUAUGUAAAGGAAAAAGAAGGUGUGCCAGGUGCAGUGGGGAUCAUGAUUAUGGAAAGUGUGGGGAAGAAGUGAGGCCAAAGUGUUGCAGUUGUGGAGGGAAUCACAGUGUCGCAUUUUGGGGAUGUGAAGUGAUGAAAAAAGAAGUGAAAGUGCAACAGAUAAGAGUGAAGGAAAACAUUUCUUAUUCUGAGGCUGUUAAAAGACCUGAAAGAGAAAAGGAGAGUCAGAAGAGGGAAUAUAUGAAUAGGGGGCCAAGAGAAGUUCAACAAGAGCAGAAGGAUCAAUGGGAGGAGAAGAAGAAAUUGGUGACAUUUAUAGCAGGAGUGAUAAACGCUACAGCUGAAAUUAGAUCUAAAACGGAAAGAAUUCAGAUUAUUGUAAAAGCAGCAAUACAUCAUCUAGAUAUGGCAGGUUUGAAAUGGGAAGAUGUGAGGGAUGAACUAAGUGUACAGACGAGUCAAGAGACAACAUGUGUGGGUUAAUAAUUUUAGUAAUGUUAAUCCUUCAAUGGAAUGCAAGAAGCCUGGUUGCAAAUGGACAAGAUUUUAAGCAGUUUAUUGCGAGUAGGAGAGAAAAGCCAGACAUAGUGUUCAGGAAUCCUGGCUAAAGCCUAAUCUGGAUUUUGUUAUAUAUGGAUAUGUAGCAAUAAGACAAGAUAGGGUAAAUGAUGGUGGAGGGGGUUGUGUUACAUUUGUGAAACAGGGGAUCCCACAUAGGGUGUUAGGCAUAGGGAGUGAACAUGAAUAUGUAGUAGUGGAAGUAUGGGGUGUGGGGAAGAAAUUUGUAGUCAUAAAUUAUUAUAAUCCAUGUAGAAGAAUGCAAUUAAGCCAGCUUGAGGAAAUAGAGGGACAAGAUAGCAGUAAUACUGUAUGGUGUGGGGACUUCAAUGCGCAUAAUACAUUGUGGGGAGGUGAAAAAGUGGAUAUUAAUGGGCAAGUGAUGGAAGAGCUCUUAGAGGAGAAAAACUUAGUAUGUCUAAAUGAUGGAACUAAAACAAGGAUAGAGGUUAAUACUGGAAGAGAGUCUGCACUUGAUCUUACACUGGUGUCCAGUAGUAUGGCAGCAAUAUGUAGUUGGAGUGUGUAUAAAGAAGGAACAGUAGGAAGUGAUUUAACAUGGGAGAAUUAAGGAGAGCAUUGGCAAAAACUGGGAAGACUGCACCAGGGAAAGAUGAAGUAUGUUAUAGCAUGUUGAAGCAGUUAAGUGAGGAGGGGAAGAGGAAGUUAUUGAUGCUAUACAAUAAAGUGCGGGAAGAAGGAAGAGUGCCAAAGAGCUGGAAGGAAGCAGUUAUUGUUCCAAUAAGAAAACCUGGGAAAGAUGCUAGUAAGCCAACAAAUAGACCCAUUUUAGUAAGCCAACAAAUAAACCCAUUAUAGACCCAUUGCCCUGACUUCUCAUAUCUGUAAGAUAAUGGAAAGAAUGGUAAAUGAGAGAUUAAUGUAUAUUAUGGAAAAACAUAAUAUAUGUUUUAAAGGAAGGGGUACUAUGGAUGCAGUGGUAUGUUUGGAAGAUGAAAUAAGAAAAGCUCAAAUAAAUAAAGAGAUGUUAGUAGCAGUAUUUUUUGAUGUUGAAAAAGCAUAUUACAUGCUAUGGAGAGAGGGGUUGAUGAUUACGUUGUAUAGAAUGGGAGUUAGAGGAAGAAUUUUUAACUGGAUUAAAGAUUUCUUGAAAGGAAGAACAAUACAGGUUAAAAUAGGAGCAGAUUUGUCAAGCAAGCAUGCAGCAGAGAAUGGAACGCCCCAGGGGAGUGUAAUAAGUCCCACAUUAUUCUCAGUAAUGAUAUAUAUGUAAAUGUACCAGCGGGCAUGGGAAGAUCCCUAUUUGCGGAUGAUGGAGCAAUAUGGAAAAGAGGAAGAAAUGUAGAACAUAUAGUUAAGAAAGUGCAAGAUGGUAUACAGCAGGUUAAGAAGUGGGGAAUAAAAUGGGGUUUUAAAUUUUCUGUUGAAAAAACUAAAGUAAUGUUUUUUACAAGGAGGAAGAUCAAUGAAGGCUUUAAUCUAAAACUAUAUGGAAGUAAGUUGGAGAGAGUUAAUAAAUUUUGUUUUCUAGGAGUACAUUUUGAUCCAAGGUUGACAUUGGUAGAACAUAUAAGGAAUGUGGAGAAUAAAUGUAAAAAAGUAAUAAAUACAAUGAGAUGUGUAUCAGGGUUAGAAUGGGGAGCGGAUUAGCAAUCACUGAAAUAUAUAUGUAAGUUUAAUAAAGUCAAGGAUAGAUUAUGGGAGUGUGGUGUAUGGAUCAGCAGCCAAAUCUGUACUUGCGAGACUUGAUAUAAUACAGGCUAAAACAAUCAAAACAAUAAACAAUAGUGCAGACCUUGUAACUGAAUUAUACAGAUAUGUGGAUGACAAAUACAGAGAUUAUAUUCAGAUUUAUACAGAUGGGUCGAAAGAUCCUGAAACAGGAAGGACUGGAUCAGCAUUUUUUAGAGUUAAUCAAGGAGGUGAGCAAACGAACCACGAAUGAUCUGAAUGUGUGUACAGUUGAGUUAUAUGUUAUCAUGAUGGCAUUAGAAUGGAUUGGAAAGGAGGACAAAAUAAGUAAAGUUUUAAUUGGAAGUGAUUCAUUGUCAGCGCUGUACAGCCUCAGGACAGGUAUGUCUAAUAGCCAUCAGGACUUGUUAUAUGCAACAUUGGCAACAUAUACAAGAGUAAAGGAAAAAUGUAAUGAGAUUCAACUGAUCUGGACCCCAGCUCAUAUAGGCAUUCUGGGCAAUGAGAGAGUGGAUAAAUUAGCUAAACAAGCAAUUAAAAAAGAGAAUAUUGAAGUAAAUAUAAAGAUGUCAAAAUCUGAAGGGAAAAGUAUAGUUUGGAAAGAAGCCAUGAGGAAAUGGCAAUGUCAGUGGGACAGGGAAGCUAAAGGAAGACAUUUGUAUGCCAUUCAAAACAAAGUUGGUACAGUGAGGAACUGGGGAGGGGCUAGGAGAGAAGAAAUAAUGAUGACAAGAUUAAGAAUAGGACACAGUAACACAGUAAGUUUUUUGAGUAUUGUCAGACAUUAGAAACCAUAGAACAUGUACUUUUACAGAAGAUAUGAAGAACAGAGGAGAAAUAUGACGGAAGAAUUAAGAAGAGAUGGGUUGGCAGGGGCAGGUAUAAAAUAUAUUCUGCAAAGUGGUGUGAUUAGACAAGGCAGGAAAAAUAUAUGUAAUUUCUUAAUUAGUACGGGUUUGAUGAGGAGAAUAUGAUCGCGGAAAACAAGCUGGAGGAAAUAAACUGGAGUAACAUCGCAGGAGAAUUAUCCAGAAGAUGGCGGUAAUGCAACGCUCUUGGAUGCAAGCUGCCGUUAAACCUCAAAGAAGAAGAAGAAGAAGAAGAAGCGGAACCCCCAACAACAACGGCAGCCAUUUUUGUGGAUAAUAAUUUACGGUGUUUCUGGUUAAAUCUAAAGUAUGUAAAAAAUAAAAAAAAGUAUAGUAAUUGGACUUGUUCUUGAGGUAAUAUUCCGUCGGUCGCGACACUGACUGAAAGAAUAAGGCACCUUUCUACUGAAAAACAUUCAACUCGACUACAGAAGAAAAUGGAGGACAACAAAGUGAAAGGAGGGUGAAAUGGCAGUGCUCAAGAAACGACGCUGUCCAUACUGCUAUCACCCAGUUCUGCUGCACUGGUCUAACUCUGUGUCAUGAUAAAAUCAUGAAAUCCACGUUUCUGACCCUUCGUUUGUUCAUAUUCGACAUUCAGUGACAACGCUGGCAGGUGACCAUGGUAUAAGCGGGAUAAUCCACAGCUAGGUGUUCAUGCUGUCCUCACAUAUGGAGCCAGAUGUGGGCAAAGUGAAUAUCUAUCAGCAGCUGGAGAAUGUUGUCCUAUGUGUAAUAUAGGGUAGCGUUGGAGCCGGAGCCUAUACCAAGAGCACUGGGUGUAGGACAGGUAUACACCCUGGAUGGGAUGUCAGUCCAUCGCAGGGCAUCGGACAUUUACACGGUCGGUGGUUUUCAAAGACUGCAGUGGUGAUUACAGUACAACAUGCAAACCUUGUUCUAAAGGAACAUUCAUGAAUGAGCCUAAUGGCUUACCCAGCUGUUUUCCAUGUAAAACCUGUGACACAGGCCUUUAUAUUUUACAAGACUGUACCACAAUAAAGAAUACAGUCUGUGAGGUCUUGGAUGGAUAUUAUUGCAUGCAUUACUUUGAAGGAGAAUGCUCUCAUGCAAUGAAACACAGUAAAUGUAAACCAGGGCAACAAAUAAAAACUCCAGGCACUAAGGCCUCAGAUACAGUUUGUGAGCCCUGUCCACAAGGAUUUUAUUCUCCUGAAGGUGUGACCUGUUCUAAAUGGACUGACUGUUCACUCAGUAAUGAGAUUGAGGACCAAGAAGGCACUUCCAUUACAGAUGUUAAAUGCAAACCGAGAAGGAAGAGAUAUGUUCUCCUAGCAUCUGUUCUCAUGGCUAUAGUUCUUUUACUGUCAGUUAUGGUUUUAUAUUUGACGCACGACCAAGCAAACCAAAGUAGCACAACAUUAAAUAGGACUGUAGAGGAAACAGCUCCUCAGCUUUCAGUAUGCGCACCAUCAUCCAGUAAACUGGAAGAAGAUCAGGAAACAGAUUCACUAGCUGUAACCUGAUUGUAACAAGGAACACACCGUGCAUGUGAAAACAUGGUGAAUUGAUCCACAAGGAUUUAUUUCAGUGUGUUUCUUACCAAACCAACAGCUCUACAAAAGGAGAAAUAGACCCUUUUUUUGAUUUGGAAACCCAAAAAAGUGACAGGUGAUUUUUUUUGAGAGGCUUCUCUGGUUAAUGCCCUCUUUACUGAUCACUGACUCUCUUCUCGGCAGAGCGGGAUUGUGCCGUAUUCUUUCCAUUUUGUGUUAAUGGAUUUAAUGGUGCUCCACGGGACAUUCAAAGUUUAGGAUAUUUUUUAUAACUACACCCUGAUUGGUACUUUUACAGAACUUUGUCCUACACUUUUUUUUUUUGAUAGUUCCUGCAUCUUCAUGAUUUGUAUUGUUUAGGUAUGUUGUCUGUUCCUGGAACAUGAAGAUCAUGUAAUAAUUUAACUCAGCUUCACUCUAUUCUGCUAAUUAUGUGACUUCUGCUGGAAACUGGUUACAUCUAACCAAUUUAGGGUUCAGUACUAGUUUAGAGUUUCACUUUUUUUUCCAUUUAUGCAAUCACACCUUUUAAAUUGUAAUUUGUAAUUAAUUUUUGAAAAGUAUUUGAUUUUCCUCUACUUCAAUAUUGUGAGUUAAACUGUAUCUCUUUGGGCUUGAUUUCUAACAUUAUUAUGGUUUGCUCUUGUAUCACGUGCAUUUUCCAAACUUUUAUGUUCAUGCCCUAAGAGAACACAAGUGUCUAAAUUUUUGUCACGAACUCUUAAAUAUUGCCCAUUGCGAUUGCAUAAGAACCACCUUUCGUAUAACACUAAUUUUAGAUCUGGGAUUCUUUAGGGCUUUUCCCACUUGAAAUAGUUAACACUGGGUCAUUCUAAACCCCGGGUAAACAGAGUCCUGGGUUAUCCGCUUUCACAUUUCACAUUGCUCAUACUUUACUCAGGGUUAACAAUUAAUCCUGAGGAUUCAUAAUCUGACAUUUCACACUGUACAUUCCUAAACCCUGGGUUAACAUUCUUACCAUGACUGGAUAAAUACAACAACCAUGACUGGAUAAAUACAACACGCGACCGGUUUAAGUGACAGCUUGUCUCGUGCUUUCGCAUCAAAGACAAAAAGGCAAAAGAAAGAAAACACAGAGGAGCAAAUUAUAUUAAUAUUUUUUUAAUUCCUUUUAAGCUUGGAGAGACUUGUGUUUACUUGUACAGUCGCAUCAUUGUUUACUGCUCUGUCCUCAUCUCAGAAAUUAUGGAGGUUCAGCAGGUAGACUACUUCUAACAUUGAUUAAACUGCUUAGAAAUAGACCAAAUGAUACAUCGAUUUAAGGGGGAAGAUAUUGUGGAUGAAAAAAAGUAAAGUAGCUAGUGCAUUUUUUUUAAUGUUCAUCUCAAAAAUGUGAACUAUUGUUAAGUUUAUCCCAGUACUUUUUUCGUUUAGCUGAAGUGAGUGAUCCAUGCAAAGUAAUAAAUCCCUGGGAGGCAUUAACAUUUAACGAAUAGUUCAAUUUCUGAUUGGGUGUCUGUUACGGCUAGAUGCUUAGCAACAGUCUAACACUGCAUCGUGUCACACUGUACACGUUUGGCACAAUGUGGGGUUAACACUGCAAAAGCGGUGCUAACCCCGCUUCUAAAUCACAAGUGUGGAAUGUUCCUCUACUCGGGGUUAAAAGCGGGGUUUAGAACGACGAUAACAUGGGGUUAAGCACAGUGUGAAAAGCUCUUUUGUUGAAACAAGCAAUAAAUCUGACUUUUUACACUGACUAUAUAUGUACAUUCAUUUAACUUGUAUGUUAUAUGAAUGUACAUAUACUUCCAAUCUAAGAUUUUUUGUAAAUGUUAUUUCCAGCAGCAUUUUUGUGUGCAACUUUUCUGUAGAUCAUUGUAUGUUAAUCUGGGAAAUCCUAUUGCACCUUAUAAUGUAGUUACAUGUUAAUGUAAACGUAUUAGCAAUUGUUCAUGUGACAUAUUCACAUAACAAUGAGGUAUUGUGUACUUUUAGCCUGGGAAUAAUGUCAAAACGAUAGUCUUCCUAAAACACCUGCACUAUUUUACCGCUCUUAUGUAAGCCUGUUCCCAUGGAACACACUGGAAAUGUUAUUAUGCAUCACUACGAAUUACAUACUGAACGUCUAGAAAUCCAGCAGCUUCAGUGUGGCGUGAACAAAGUUCAUGUAUGGCGCUUCAGAAAGAGAACCAUUUAAAGACAAUGCUGCAAACAUAGAAAGGCCUAAAGGUCUAAGCAGUCAUUACUGAGUUAACAUUCAUGUGCUAGCCAGCUACAGUACAAUCAGUACUGUAAAAGAAAUGCAAAAAAUUCUACUCCAUUUGAUACUAAAAAUGAAAAAAAAACAAAAACAGUAAUAUUGAGUUCACUGUAAUUUAAUGUAAUCUACGACUCGUAUGGCAAUAGUAAACUACAUCCAUCAGCAGGAAAAUCAAUGGCAAAGUCUGAUUGCACUUAUAUCUAUUUUAGCCUAUAUUGCAUACAUUUUUAAAGAUCAGGGGGCCUGAACAGCAAAACAAAGGUUUAAAAUAGACAAAGAGUUUGUUUGUCUUACAUUUUACAUAAUUACACAUGUUUAUAGAUCUGUUGUGUUGGUAAAUAAGCCUACUUUCUGAAAUCAGACAUCAGUGACCAAACUGGGGGCCAAGUGGUUUUGUAUUUGAAUUUGUCAUUAUUUAUUUGUGGUACUUGCUAACAUAAGCAUCAACAUUGGCAUGACCAUGAACACUGAACCCAAUUUAGGUGAUGUAGCCAAAACCAGUCAAAUCCAAAUGCCUUUUUCUUUUAUUGAUUUCUGUAAAUUACUUACAACUUUUUUACUGUGUUGUAUAAAAAGAGUAAAGAGCAAUUCAAGUACUCUUUUAAUUUUCUUUUCUUUUUUUUUUUUUUUUUUCUUUUUCUCAUCACAGUGCUGUUGAAUGUUUGAUUCUGAUUGGUUGGAAGGUGUUGAUUAUUUUUCUAAUAACAGCAGCUCUGAUAACAGUUCCAGCAGCAAGGCAAAUAAGUUUAUAUUAAUGCACUUGUUCUAAUACAUUACUGUUUUAUACUUUUUUAUACCAUCUACAGGAACCUGUAUUGCAGGACUUAACAAAAAUGUAUAUAUAUAUAAAAAGAUGUGUGAUCAUUGAUGUGUUGAAGUUUUGUCUGAAGAAAUGUUUGUUUAACAUUUUUGUGAAGAGUGUACAGUAUGACACGGGAAAGCCUGCAGGACAGGGCUCUGAGCUUUAACAGGAGAUAACAGGAACUAACUUGUUCUGUGGAUGUUACGCAUUAAAAUUAAAGGAUAAAAUGUAAAACAAAACGUUCUUUAAUAAUUAAAAAUUGUUAUGUUGGUAAA